AUGGGAAAAUCAAAUCGAGAUGGCCAUGAUUUAUGCGACAACGCACAGGGGAAGCGACAAUACACCGAAGAGAGCCCUCAAACUCUUAAGGCUGGCUCUGGUGAUGGGGUUAUUCCAAGAAAAAUGUCACCAGGCGUACAUAACCACCGGCUUCCCUUGAGAAAAUGGCAACAAAACUGGACAGAAAUACAUUGCCACUCUGGACAAAAGAAAUCGGACAGAUUUCACACCUAUUGGACAUAUUUUCCCAUGCAGUCAAGUUGA